CAGAGUUGAAUCUGUUAACAGCAUCCGUGCUCAACAAGUACGAUGUCAAUGAAGUCAUCUGUAAAGUCACUGUGACUGCUUUCAUGCAGAGGCAAGAAGCUCCUUUGUUUCCCAGCUCGUUUGGAGCAUCCAUGGAUCCUUCUCAAAAGUGUCAGAUGUUACUGUACAUUGCCAGUACAUAUCUGACAGACUUUGCUUCUACACAUUGCACUCCGCUGCCACCCAGCAUCUUCCAUAUGCCACAGCUGAUCUCAACAACGUAAUCAUUCGUACUGUUCGCUCACCUCAUCUUCACUAGAGUAUUAUAUUUUUCAAGAGCUAUUGUAUGUGUUAGGGUAAUGAUACCAAAUGUGUUAAACUGUCCUCUUCUCACAUGCAAGCUGUGCUUCAGGACCAUUGUAACCUUGCUCAUUUGUCAGUUUUGAAGUUUGUACGUGUUAAUAUUAUUGUGAUGAUCAAACUCAUGAACUGGUUUUUAAAGGGCAUAAUAAAUCAGUUCUGCGGUUGUAGUUUUGUACGUUUCAAAAUGUAUUAGAAGUUAAAUUUUUACCCUGGACAAGUAAAAUUGUAUGACUAUGUUUAGCCAACAUCAAUUCAUCGUUUAAACCCUUUCAGUGUCAUGUCAGGUUUGGCGGUGAUCUGAAAGCCGCAAUAAAAGAUGACAAUUAUCUCACAUAACAGUGAAAGGAUUACAAAUUACGUUACUAAACAUGAAAUAUAAUAGUUUAAUUUUCAUAUCCGUGUCUAUUUUUAUUGUUUAAUUAUGCCUUUUAAAAACCAGUUUAAUUACCAACUUACUUUUAUCCAUUGUUAGAUAUUAUUUGUCAUAUUUUAUUUCUUUACGGGUAGUAUAGUUAUUGUUAAAGGGAACAUACUGUAAGCUUAUGUUGAAUUAUAUGUUUUAGUAUUUUCAUUCACUAAAAAGAUUUAGUGUAUGAGAUUUAUUAAACUUUAAUCAAAUUAAUUAUUGAAAUCGUUUCCAUUACUAGUUGGAAGUAUAAGAAAAAGAAAGGAAGAGAUUUAUUUUAAAGAUAUUUUAUUUCAAAGCAACGAAGAGUAAAAUGGAUGAAAAAAUAUUUUUAAUAAAAAUCAAUUACACUUGUAUAUUUUGUUAAUUUUCAUGUUAAGUUAAAUUUUAAAUGCUGAAAUAAAGUUGUAUUGACAUUGCUGUA